GGGCCCUAUAUCCGGUGUCCGCCCGCCCUAGCCUCGGCUGCCGGGAUCGAGAUGCUGUCCCGGUCGCGCUGCGUGUCCCGGGCGUUCAGCCGCUCUCUCUUCGCCUUCCAGAAGGGGAACUGCCCUGUGGGGAGGCGUUCUUUACCUGGUAUCUCCCUGUGCCAGGGACCGGCUUACCUUUAUAGUAAAAAGAUUGUUAUAAAUGACUCUGUCCUGAAUGUUCGAUUCUUCAGAACUACAGCAGUGUGCAAGAAUGAUGUUGUUACAGUCAAAACGCCAGCAUUUGCAGAGUCUGUCACAGAAGGGGAUGUCAGGUGGGAGAAAGCUGUUGGAGACACAGUCUCAGAAGAUGAAGUGGUUUGUGAAAUUGAAACAGAUAAGACAUCUGUGCAGGUUCCAUCACCAGCAAAUGGAGUGAUUGAAGCCCUCCUGGUACCUGAUGGAGGGAAAGUGGAAGCUGGAACCCCUCUGUUCACUCUCAGGAAAACUGGCGCUGCUCCUGCUAAAGCCAAACCAGCUGAAGCUCCCCCUGCUGCAGCUCCUAAACCAGAUUCUGUAGCAGCUACUUCUCCCCCUCCACCACCUGCCGCAUCUAUACCUACUCAGAUGCCCCCAGUGCCCCCUGUGUCAUCACAACCUGUCGAUACCAAACCUGUGUCUGCAGUAAAACCCUCUGCUGCUGUUUCAGCAGCAGAGCCAGGAGCUGGCAAAGGUGCGCGUUCAGAACAUAGGGUGAAAAUGAACAGGAUGCGACAGCGUAUUGCUGAACGUCUAAAGGAGGCCCAAAAUACAUGUGCAAUGCUGACCACUUUCAACGAGAUUGAUAUGAGUAACAUUCAAGAGAUGCGGGCCCGACACAAAGAAAGUUUUCUGAAAAAACACAACCUGAAACUAGGCUUCAUGUCAGCAUUUGUGAAGGCCUCUGCUUUUGCCUUACAGGAGCAGCCAGUGGUGAAUGCAGUGAUUGAUGAUACAACCAAAGAGAUGGUGUAUAGGGAUUACGUCGACAUCAGUGUUGCUGUGGCCACUCCACGGGGACUUGUGGUACCAGUUAUUAGGAAUGUGGAAACUAUGAAUUUUGCAGACAUCGAACGAACCAUAAAUGAGCUGGGAGAGAAGGCCCGAAAAAAUGAACUUGCCAUAGAAGAUAUGGAUGGUGGCACUUUCACAAUCAGUAAUGGAGGAGUCUUUGGCUCCCUCUUUGGGACCCCAAUCAUCAACCCCCCUCAGUCAGCCAUCCUGGGCAUGCAUGGCAUUUUUGAUAGGCCUGUUGCUAUUGGCAGCAAGGUGGAAGUGCGGCCCAUGAUGUAUGUAGCACUGACUUAUGACCACCGACUGAUUGAUGGCAGAGAGGCAGUGACUUUCCUUCGAAAAAUCAAGGCAGCAGUGGAGGAUCCUCGUGUCCUGCUACUUGACCUUUAGGGAAAGUCACACUCCCUAAAGCUCCAACUCACCGAGACUGAAAACCAGUCUUCCCCUACCCCCUCAUGUGUACCUGGGUCAGCUGGGUGGGAGACAGCCUCAUGUGCUGCUGGCUUAAGGGAAGCCAGAGCACUAGGUAACCAGCAGCUACAGCUCCUUUUAGGGCGUUCCUGUCCCUCUCUCCACUGCCUUUGUCUUAACACGAAUGCUCUUCCGUAUUAUACCCAAAGGGGGGAGAGAGAGAGUAUUGAUGGAGCCUCAUUAAUAUCCUAGCCUUUCUCCCAUAUAUUCUCCCCAGAGAUGAUUUUGCUUUUUUCCUGUGGCAGCAUAUAAUAGAGAAACCACUAGAGAAAUUGUAGCUCCUCUGUCUUACACCUGCCCAGUUUUAAAAAAUCCAACAUCCUCAGCGGCACAGGGGGAAGAUCCUGGCCCCCAGCAUUAUGAAGCUAUAGCCCUGGCUCUGAUCUUUCCAACCCUGGGCCCUGUGCAGCUUCUUUACUCAAAUACAGGGGAAGAGGUGCUGCUUUGCUUAUUAAAGGGCACCUUCCUGCUUAGGUAGCCUUGGUUGGCUUUAAAAUGCCUCUUCUACCUCUUUGGGAAGCACAGCCCAGGUGGCCUGAGGUUAGAGGGAGGGAGGAAGCGGGGGAGGGGGGGAAGAAGGUGAGCUUGCUCAGAAGACUUCAACUUGAGAUACUCUUGUCUCCAGAGGUGAGAGUGCAUCCAUUUUGCACUUAGACCAUGGGUCUUAUCUCCAGAAAGGCCCAUCUCUGCACAACCAUGCACAGUCCUGCUGUGCUCGCCUGCCUUUCUUUAUAAGUUCUUAGCAAUCAUACCAGCAAAGGGGUUGCAUUUAGAAGCAUCUUCAUUCUCUGGUGGAAGUGGACCUUGGAGCCAGUGGAGGUAGAAUUUGAGAGGGAUAGAAGGUCUCUAGUAAAAUGCUGCUGCCUAUUGUUUUUCUGGACUUGAUUUGAAAUUAAGUUCAAAUUGGUCUUUCUGCUGUAUGUGGACAGAUGAGGGCACUAAGCAUGACCAAUUCUGGUCUUAACGUUGUGGGCUGGCAGGGGAGAGGAAGCAAUAUUGGCUCCUCCAUGCUUUAACACAGGGCCAGGAUAAGGAUAGUAUGCUUCCUGAAGUUCUCCACCUUAGUGAGAAGCCAGCUGUGAGUUGUUAGUGUAAGAUAACAAAACAUCUGGAGUCAUCUUUAAAGUACUGCCCAAUGUUGGUGGGCAAAAUCAUUGGGGUCCCUUGGAAAAUGUUUCAACGUAUACUUCUAUUGUGAGGGCUACUGGAAAUCCAUCAAUAUGUAUCCAAAUAUACCUAGUUCUGAGGCUGCUGGAACCAUGGGGGCCAUUUAUUAGGGCCCAGCAUGAUAGGGGUGAGAAGGGUGGAUUCCAGUACUGAGUGCCUGCAGUGUCUACUACUCUAUCUCCAAUACACAGAACUUGUAAUUAAAAUAUUUAAAGAAACCAAUUUUAAAUGAAAUUAAAGGGGAAAUGUUCUCAAACUGUG